AUGAACACCACUCGAAAAGACAAACCUACGACUGAAGAUUACUUUUCGUAUAACCCGGAGGAUGCACCCCUGGGCUCACAUCGUCAUCCGAUCAAUACGGUCUAUACAUCAGGGGAUAACGAGAUUACAUAUUUCCCAAUGGAGAAUGAUAUAGGAGACCUCCAGUGUUUCGGGACGUCUGGAUUUAGCACAGGGAACUUCGGACUGGGAGAAUCUGACACAACAAAUAUGGGAAUGGACAACUUGCAGACCGAGUUCUCCGAUACGCAUAUGGCAUCCGAAUGUUCAUUUGAAUAUGUCGAUGACCCUUUCUUGAAACCAUACACUGAUGAUGCUUAUUGGCAUCCGCCCGCUGAAAGUGCGAAGCCUUCAGUAUUCGAUCUUACCGCUGGUCCUGAGGCAGGUAAUUCAUCGAAUACAGCUCUGGAUCCUAGGACUAACUCACGAAUCCUUGCCCGAGAGAUAGUCGCCUCUACUCCGCAGGGGGAGCAAGUCGAUAGCCCCUCAAUGACCGAGAGUUCCCACAAAACUCAAGAGGAGCUUGAGAAUACCGAGGCUAAGACAGCAACUGGACCAAGUGCCAAAGUCUUGAGAAAUCGUAAAGAGUCACAGAACAGACGAGACAGAAAAGCCGCCUGGGAAGAAAAGGCAAAGGCUACUUUGUCCCAUUUGAACAAUGAUCGCCUAGAGAAACAAAAUACAUUGACACUGCUGAGGUCAGAAACAUAUAAUCCAGCUUGGAACUAUUCUCAAACCUGGAUUCUGCUGGCGGAAUGGAAUUGUUUCAGAAUGACCAAGUCAAAAUAUUCGCCUGAAGAGAUCGAUGAACAGCUCAGAAUCUCUGAAAGGUGGAAGCCAGGCCCGAAGAAACGGAAGCAUCGGAAUCUGUAUAAGGCCGCAAAAUCACGGUAUAAUGUGGAAGACAGGGGGGUGAAGCUCGUCAAUGAUCUACAGAGCUGCUGGAAUGACUGCGUGCGGCUCGAUUUAGCCAUUCAAGCUUGGCAUACCGAGGAAGCUACGGCGUUGGGUAUGUGA